ACUGGACUGUGAUGUAUCAGCCCGAUGCUUAGCACCCUCUCUCUCCUUCUACUUCCCUAGUUUGGCUUUAAUAUUUACAGCCUCCUUCUCCAGCUACAUGCCUGAACGCCUGAAGGAAGCAAAACAUUUAUUGCCUCUCCCUCCCUGGUGUUCGCGGUGUUCUCGAGUUAUUUCAUCCAGCCUCAUUCCUUUUACAUCACACGGGGAGAUUUGCCUCCUGGCUGGGACGCCUGGACUUCUUCCUGAGUGGCUGCUGUUUCAUCUGUUGAUUUCACCAAAACACAAACAUGGAUUCUGACUCGGACUCACCUUUUAACUACUCCUGGCCUUCCUUUCCCAAAGUGAAGAUUCGACGAAGGGCCUCGAAACAAGACCGCUCCAUUGAUAUGUUCAAAAAAUCCAAGCACCCCACAACGCUCCUUGCUGCAGGCCGGCUUUCUGACAUGCUGAAUGGCGGCGAUGAAGUCUACGCUAACUGCAUGGUGAUAGAUCAGGUUGGUGAUUUGGAUAUGAACUAUAUUAACAUAGAAGGAAUCACUGCCAAUACCAACCCUGAAUCCAUAGGUUCCACUCUUGGGCCUCAGAGCUGCAAGAACAUCCUUCCUAGUGAAGCCAGCCCUGGUAUGUACCCACUAAGGGAAAACAGUGAAGUGACAUCAAACAUUGAAGCCCAGCAGCGCUUCAUAUCACCAUCUAGUUCAUGUGCUUCCAGUUUGAAUCUUUCUUUUGGUCUGCAUGGAUUUGAAAAGGAACAAAGUCAUCUGAAGAAAAGAAGUUCUAGCCUUGAUGCUUUGGAUGCUGACAGUGAAGGAGAAGGACACUCUGAGCAGUCCCACAUUUGUUACACUCCAGUGUCCCAGAGUUCCUCAAGAACUGGGAUUCCUAGUGGUGAUGAAUUGGACUCUUUUGAGACUAAUACUGAACCAGAUUUUAAUAUCGCCAGGGCUGAAUCACUUUCUUUUUCAAGUAAUCUGCAGUCAAAGGAAUCAUUGCUUUCUGGAGUCCGAUCGCGUUCUUAUUCCUGCUCAUCACCCAAAAUUUCUUUAGGAAAAUCUCGGGUGGUGCCUGAUUUUACAGUAUGCAAUUCAAGUGAAGAGCAAAGAGCUUACAGCUUACCGGAGCCACCAGGAGAAAAAAGGAUUCAGGAAGAAGAAUGGGACAAAUACAUUAUACCUGCCAAACUGGAGUCUGAAAAAUAUAAAGUGAGCCGAACUUUCAGCUUCCUCAUGAAUAGAAUUAAUAGCCCUCGGAAUAAAUCUAAGAUGAAAAACAAGGAUGCCAAAGAGAAAGAGAAACUGAGUCGGCAUCAGUUUGUCCCUGGAACAUUCUCUGGGGUUCUGCAGUGUUUGGUUUGUGAUAAAACGCUUCUGGGGAAGGAGUCAUUCCAGUGUUCCAACUGUAAUGCACACGUACAUAAGGGCUGUAAAGAUGCUUCACCUCCAUGUACCAAGAAAUUCCAAGAGAAAUAUAGCAAGAACAAACCACAGACCAUCCUUGCAAAUUCUUCAUUUAGAGACGUUCAACAGCCUGGCCUCUCCUUGCACCCUUCUUCCUCCAUGCCCAUUGGAUUGCCAACUGGAAGGAAAGAAACUGCAGGGCAGGUCCACCCAUUGUCCCGAAGUGUUCCAGGCACCACCUUGGAAAGCUUCAGGAGGUCAGGGACAUCCUUGGAGUCUGAGAGUGACAGUAGCAACUGGAGAAACAGGUCUCAUUCCGAUGAGCUGAUACAGUCCAUGGGCUCUUCUCCCUCCACGGAGUCGUUUAUAAUGGAAGAUGUUGUGGACUCUUCUCUGUGGAGUGACCUCAGCAGCGACGCCCAGGAAUUUGAAGCAGAAUCUUGGAGUCUCGUAGUGGAUCCCUUGUUUUGUAGUAGGCAGGAGAAAGAUGUCAUCAAAAGACAGGAUGUCAUUUUUGAGCUCAUGCAAACAGAAAUGCAUCACAUUCAGACCCUCUUCAUCAUGUCCGAGAUCUUCAGAAAGGGGAUGAAAGAGGAGCUGCAGCUUGACCACAGCACUGUGGAUAAAAUCUUCCCCUGUUUAGACGAGUUACUUGAAAUCCACAGACACUUCUUUUAUUGUAUGAAGGAGCGAAGGCAGGAAUCUUGCAUUGACAAUGAUAGGAAUUUUGUGAUCAACCGAAUUGGAGAUAUCCUAGUACAGCAGUUUUCAGAAGAAAAUGCAAAUAAAAUGAAGAGAAUAUAUGGAGAAUUUUGUAGUCACCACAAGGAAGCAGUUAAUCUCUUUAAAGAACUCCAGCAGAAUAAAAAGUUUCAGAAUUUUAUUAAGCUCCGGAAUAGUAACCUUUUGGCUCGACGCCGAGGAAUUCCAGAGUGUAUUCUUCUGGUCACUCAACGAAUCACAAAAUACCCUGUCUUGGUGGAAAGGAUACUGCAGUACACAAAGGAAAGAACUGAAGAACAUAAAGACUUAUGCAAAGCACUUUGCUUAAUUAAAGACAUGAUUGCUGCGGUGGAUUUAAAAGUCAGCGAAUAUGAGAAAAACCAAAAAUGGCUUGAUGUCCUCAAUAAGAUAGAAAAUAAAACUUACACAAAGCUCAAAAAUGGCCAUGUGUUUAGGAAGCAGGCACUGAUAAGUAAAGAAAGGACACUAUUAUAUGAUGGCCUGGUUUAUUGGAAAACUGCUACAGGUCGUUUCAAAGAUAUUCUAGCUCUACUUCUAACUGAUGUGCUGCUCUUUUUACAAGAAAAAGACCAGAAAUACAUCUUUGCUGCUGUUGAUCAGAAGCCAUCAGUUAUCUCCCUGCAGAAGCUUAUUGCUAGAGAAGUUGCUAAUGAGGAGAGAGGAAUGUUUCUCAUCAGUGCUUCAUCUUCUGGUCCUGAAAUGUAUGAAAUUCAUACCAAUUCCAAGGAGGAACGAAAUAACUGGAUGAGACGAAUCCAACAGGCUGUGGAAAGUUGCCCAGAAGAAGAAGGGGGAAGGACAAGUGAAUCUGAUGAAGAGAGGCGGAAAGCUGAAGCAAGAAUGACCAAAAUUCAGCAGUGUCAAGAAAUACUCAGUAACCAAGACCAGCAAAUUUGCACAUAUUUGGAGGAGAAGCUGCAUAUCUAUGCUGAACUUGGAGAAUUGAGUGGAUUUGAGGAGGUUCAUCUAGAGCCCCACCUUCUCAUUAAACCCGACCCGGGAGAGCCUCCCCAGGCAGCCUCAUUACUGGCAGCAGCACUGAAGGAAGCUGAGAGCCUACAAGUUGCAGUGAAGGCCUCACAAAUGGGUGAUGUAAGUCAAUCAUCAGAGGAAAGUUGUGCAGAAUCUGGCCUGACAGAUAUGCUCAGUUCUGGUGAUGGACUAGAACGUUCUAGUGAUGGAUCAGGAUGUUCUAGUGAUGGACCAGGACUCUCUACUGCUUCACUAGUCACAGAAGGGACAGGAGGAAGAGGCUGUUGGGAUGUGGAUCCCAGGACCCAGGGUGUUGUAACCGACUUGGCAGUCUCUGAUGCAGGGGAGAAGGUGGAAUAUAGAAGCUUUCCAGGUUCUUCACAGUCAGAGAUCAUACAAGCUAUACAGAAUUUAACCCGUUUAUUAUAUAGCCUUCAGGCCGCCCUGACCAUUCAGGAUAGCCACAUUGAGAUCCACAAGCUGGUUCUCCAGCAGCAGGAGAGACUGUCUCUUGGCCACUUUUUCCGAGGCAGCCCGUUUCAGGACCAGGAGAAGUACCGCAACCUGGAGAAGCAGCGUGAGGAGCUGGCCAACAUCCACAAGCUCCAACACCAGUUCCAGCAGGAACAGCGGCGCUGGCACCGCAGGUGUGACCAGCAGCAGCGGGAGCAGGAGGCCAAAGAGAGCUGGCUGCAGGAGAGGGAGCGGGAGUGCCAAUCGCAGGAGGAGCUGCUGCUGAGGAACCGUGGGGAGUUGGCCCAUCAGCUUCAGGAGUACCAGCAGAACCUGGAGCGGCUGAGGGAGGGCCAGCGGAUGGUGGAGAGGGAGAGGGAAAAGAUGCGGACCCAGCAGCGGCUGCUGUGCCACUGGAAGCACAGCCGGCAGAGCAGCCUCCCCGCAGCGUUUUCUCCAGGAAGCAAGGAGGUAAUGGACCUUAAUCGCUCUGAGAGUUUAUGUCAUGAAAAUUCAUUCUUCAUCAAUGAAGCUUUAGUACAAAUGUCAGUUAACACUUUCAAUAAACCAAAUCCAUCAGAUACCCAUCAGGAUGCCAUUGACCCCCAGAACAUAUCUAACUCUGAUUUGAUAAGGACUAGUGAAAAUCAGGUAGACCUCAAGACAGAUGUUUCUCAGCCCUCGGAUAUCAACCAUGAACUGUGGACAGCCACUGGGUCCUGUCAUCAGAUACCUCCUCUCCACAAAAGCAGCGAGGAUUCUUGUAAAAAUGAUUUGGUCACCUCCCUGACUGAGUUCCCAACCCCCCAGGACUCAACUCGACAUCGCCCUCAACCGCUGACAUUUACAGCGGAAGCAGAGCUAGAUCUACAGACAUUGACCAGACAAGAUGGAGAGAUUGGAGAUCCAGCUGAAGAAAAUAUUGUUUACCUCUAA